AAUCAAACCAACCCCACCACCCUUCUCAACGGUCCUUUUCUUCUUCCUCAUUUACCUAACUUUCAUCUCAGCUCUUUCAUUUCCCUCUCUUCUUCUUCACUACCAAAACAUCUCCACAUUUUUUCAACAACUCUUCCUCUCUCUCUCUCUCUCUUACAAUGGAGAAUGUCGAUCCUAAUGUGACUAGAGUUCAGCAUGUGGCGAAAGCAUCCUCGGAUCAGCUUCUGAGCAAGUUCGCCGAGGUGGGCUCCGAUUCCAACAGAAAAAUACAAGCUAAAGAUCUAAGAUUGGCGAAGAGAGUGAAAAGAAAUCAAGAAUGUGCUGAUAAUAAGAGCUCUGUUUCUGCCUUAGCAGAGAGGAAAUCGCUUCUUCCACCGCGUAAACAGCCGGCGCUGAUGCGGCGGCUGGGGAUCAGUAGGGCCAAGAUCAAAGCCAGAGAAAUCAAGAACAAAUCAAUCAUCACCGCCAUUGAGAAGACAUGGCGUAGAACUGUGGAAGGGGCUUCGAGAGUGUUGAUGGAGAAGCAUUACAACCGCCAUAAACGCCUAAUUAACGACUCCUAUUAGGUAAUAUUUGUGUCGGCUGGGCUACUUGUUUGUUAGCUACCACUUACCAGAUUAGUACUAUUUUAUUAUGAGUUCAUUCGUUUAACCAACUUGUAUUGUUUGUAAAUUUAAGCUUUUUGCCUUGGUAGUUGGUACAUUACAUAAAUUUUUAUUCUUAUUUUAUUUAUAGGAUAUUGUUUAGGGAUGGGUGUAAUUACACUUAAAGACUUGUACCACAUUCAAUCGAAAAGUUCUGUAGAUUCUCUGAUUUCAAA